UGUUCACAAUAAACCUGAUCAGAGUCGUCUUCUUCGCUUUUAACCGCCAUCGUUGAACAUUGUACUGUUAGCCAUACAAUGAAUCGAUCAAUGGUGAGAUUGUUUGUGAGGCGACCGGUAAAGCAGAGAGCAGCGUCCACUGAAAAAAGAAUGUGAUUCCUCCGUCCGAAAAUGAAAAGAGAGCUGUCAAGUUGUCUCUAAAAAAUAUUGAUGAUUAAAUAGCUGUCAGGAUUCCUCUUAUCAUCUUGCAUCUUUUUUCCAAUAUUUUAUGCCCUUGAUCUGUUAAAAAAUCAAUUUGUAUGCCUUAGGCGUAGUGAAAACAACUAUCGGAUCUCGUGGACGUCUUUAAAAUUCUUUCAUUUCAUCUCAUUUCUGCGUUUUAUCUGCGUGACAGCAAAAUGGUUCGUAUUAACAGAAAGCGCUGUGUAUUUCCAUCCACUCCAUCCGUUGCUCAGCAGAUCAAACUUUCGUGCUUAGAUUUACAAAUGCUGUUCAUCAGCUACAAUCAAAAAGGCCUCUUCUAUCAAAUCCAUGCAGACGAAUACUCUUCUUACUUAGAUCGUCUUGCUGAAACGCUGUCUGAGGUUUUGGUAAAAUUUCAUCCUUUGGCCGGCCGGUUAACAACUAGUCCUCUGGAUGGCGGUAUUUACAUCCUCUGCAACGACUCGGGCGUAGAUUUCAUCGAAGCCACGGCAGAAGACCUAAGUAUUGAGGAUCUGACCACAGCAGAAGUUCCACCAGCUGUCGAAGAACUAUUUGCCCUCAACGGGGCCGUCAACUUUGAAGGCCAUCGCCUUCCGUUGCUUGCAAUCCAGGUAACUCAGCUGAAAGACGGGGUUGCCGUGUGUUGCACGCUCAACCACGCCAUAGCCGACGGCGCUUCGCUCUGGGAUUUCUUUAAUUUCUGGUCACGUCUGUGCAAAACGAAUAGGAACAAAAUUCCCGAUAGCCCUAUCUACGACAGGUCUCUGCUAGAGCCUCCCGGAUCUGCAGUUAGACUUGGCCUUGAUCCAGACGGCCACGUCCCACAGAUUUGCCCGCCUCCAUUGCCAGUAAAAAUUUUCCAUUUCAGCGCCCACACGAUCAGCCGCUUAAAGGAGCAGGCCAACCAGGAUUCGUCCUUUACGAUCUCUUCCUUCCAGGCGUUUUGCGGACACGUGUGGCGGGCAGUCACGCGUGCCCGGAGGCUCUGCCCGGACGAGACCACGACAUUUUGUUUGGCUGCCAACUGUCGUUCUCGGCUACUUCCUCCGCUGCCCAGCUCUUACUUCGGCAACGGUAUUCAGACAAUACGUGUAACCGCCACCUGUGGGGAGCUUAACAAUUUGCCUCUUUCCUUUCCGGCGGGUUUGUUGAACGGUAUUAUUGCAGGUCAUAUGGACGGGGUUAUUAGGGAAAAAAUUGAUAAGUGGCGGAAGGAGCCGGCGGUAGUUAGGCGGGCUGAGUUUGAAAAGAACUGUUUGUUGAUGGGGAGCUCUCCGCGGUUUGAGAUGUAUGAGAAUGAUUUUGGGUGGGGACGACCCGUGGCGGUUAGGAGUGGAACGGCUAACCGUUUAGACGGGAAGAUGUAUGCAAACCCUGGUAGAGAAGGCGGAGGAAGUAUUGAAUUAGAGAUUUGCCUUCCUCCGGCUGUCAUGAGUGCUUUGGAAAGUGACGCGGAUUUUGUUUGUCCCUCAUCCUUAAUUUAAUCCAGGCCAUUACAUAUCA